AUGAGCAGCACGCCAUUGCAAGGCAAGAGGCCAAAGACAGCGUUGUUUUUCCCAGGCCAAGGCGUUCAAAGAGUCGGCAUGGCGACUCCCUGGCUGACAGCCUUCCCACGCACCGCCAAACCCAUCCUCGAAGAGAUCGACCACGCCCUCCAAUUCCCCCUCACCCGCAUCAUCGAGAGCGGCACCAACGCCGAAUUGACCCAGACCGAGAACGCCCAGCCUGCCAUCAUGGCCACGUCGAUCCUCAUCCUGCGCGUCAUGGAGAAGGAAUUCGGCUUCGACACCGCCUCCCGCGUCGAUAUCACGCUGGGGCAUUCGCUGGGAGAGUUCGCCGCACUGGUCGCGGGCGGGUACAUCACGUUCCAGGAUGCGUUGAAGAUGGUGAGGAAACGCGCCAUUGCCAUGACUCAAUGCACGAAGGCCGCGAUCGAGGAGUCUGGCGGUGGGGAAUUCGGCAUGGUGGCUUUGGUCUGCGAGUCCGAAGCGCACAUGGCCUCGCUCGUCGCGGGUAUACACGAAUUCCUCGAGCUGAGCACGUUGGGAAGUAAGGUCGAUAGCGCAAAGGAUAUACCCGCUGUGCAGCAGGUGCACAUUGCGAACAUCAACAGCAAGAACCAGAUUGUGCUGAGCGGGAGUAUUGAGCGCAUACAGAUGCUCCUGAUCAAUCUGAGGCAGUUUGGCGGCCAUGAUCCGCGGCAUGUGCGGUUGAAGAGCGAUGCGCCGUUUCACAGCCCUCUGAUGAAGCCGGCGCAGGAGACGAUGAGGAGGAUCUUGUAUGAUCCGGCAAGAGAGGAUAUCGUUACUUGGCCGGGUAUCAUCCCUUGCGUGUCAAACGUCACAGGACGGCCGUUUCAGACUAAAGACCAGCUGAAGGAUUUGGUUGCUCGAGGCUGCGUUGAGACGGUGCAGUGGUGGAAAUCAGUCAAAUAUCUGCACGAGGACGAGAAGGUCAAAAGAUAUGUGGGCAUCGGGCCGGGUAAGGUUGGCAGGAACCUUGUGGGCAAGGAGGUGGGAAUGAAGGGGCAGGUCAAAGGAGGUGGGGUGUGGGGGAUUACAAGCCCAAAAGAGAUGGAAGAGGUGGUGCAGGCGCUUGAUGAGACCGAGAAUGCGGCUGAGCAGGAAGAGGAGGAGUGA